AUGCGAAAGGCCAUCAUUAAUGGUGAUUUUCGGGGUUUCAAGAUUAAUGAAGAGGAGAAUGUGAACAUGUUACAAUUUGCGGAUGACAUGGUUACUUUAGCGGAAGGAGAUACGACAAACUUGUGGAGCAUGAAGGUCAUUCUUAGAGGCUUCGAGAUGAUGUCGGGUUUACGGGUAAACUUCAACAAAAGCAACAUUUAUGGUGUUAACGUGUGCGAUGGUUAUCUAGACGCGACAUCUACUUUUUUAGCUUGCAAAGUAGACAGGCCUCCUUUUAAAUUCCUCGGUGUUAAAGUGGGAGAUAGUCCAAGGAAGCUCUCAAUGUGGAAGGAUUUCAUUGUGAUGUUGAACGAAGGUUGGCCUUUUGGAAGGGAAGCUCCUUACAAGAUUAUAAAGGAAAUUCGAGCAAUCCAAUCUAAUUUUCUUUGGAAUGGGAGCGAGUUAAAAAGGCAUAUUCAUUGGGUUAGUUGGGAUUUCGUGUGUAAAACACGGGAAGAAGGAGGCUUGGGUGUUAAGAACGUGGAAAUUAUGAAUGUGGCGUUGCUAAGUAAAUGGGAUGUUUCUUGCAAGGUCGGCAAUGGUACUGCAAUUCCGUUUCGGUACGAGUUGUUUGUCAAAGCGAAAAAUGAUUCCAUUACGGUUGUUGAUUCUGGUACUGUCACACAUGCUGGCUGGUUGUGGAAUCCUGCGGAUUCCUUCUUUGACAGCAGCAACAGUACUGAGCACCUGUGGCAUGAGCUUCUGGACUCGAUUCAGCAUGUUGUUCAUUUGGAGAAUGUUCCGGACGAAUUUAGUUGGAGCAGUACCGUUGAGGGUGUUUUCACGGUUAAUUCCUGUUACAGGAGAUUUAAAGCUAAGCUCAGCGGUCCACCUCUUAAUCCUUGUUUAGUGAAGGCGGCUGCGUUUCUUUGGAAGGUAAAAGCUCUCCCAAAUUUUUUUUUCUUUGGGUGGAGGAUUUUUCAUAAUAGAGUAGCUACUAAGGAACCAAAAAAAAAAAAGAGGGGCAUUAUGUUGGAUGAUGGUGAUUAUCAAUGUGCGUUUUGUUCUUUGGAAGAGGAAUGCUUACAACAUCUUCUAGGGGGCUGCAUCAUUGUUUCUAACAUGUGGAGGAAGGUCUUCAAGAGGAUCGGUCCGUUAGACAACUUAUCCUUGGAGGAGUUUGAGGGUUUUAUUUGGAUCCUAGAGAAGAUGAAGUCUAAAGCUAAGAGGAUGAUUGUAGCGAUCAUUUGA